AUGCAGACUGUUUUAUUCAACGCCGUUUUGUUUACGACUUUUUACGCUUUGCUAACCUUUUCGUGGGUUCAACAUGUCGUUGGCGUGUCGAGCGGCAGAGGGUUUGGCGACAACAUCCACUGGAGGUCGCUGGAAGAUGGAAAGAACGAGGCAGCUGCCAGUGGUCUGCCUCUCAUGGUCAUCAUCCACAAGACUUGGUGCGGAGCCUGUAAAGCCUUAAAGCCCAAAUUUGCAGAAUCCAAGGAAAUCGCAGAACUUGCCCACAACUUUGUGAUGGUCAACCUGGAAGACGAAGAGGAACCAAAGGAUGGGGACUUCACCCCCGACGGAGGCUACAUCCCGCGCAUCCUAUUCCUAGAUCCCAGUGGUAAAGUCCGCCCUGAAAUCACCAACAAAAACGGCAAUCCCAACUACAAGUAUUUUUACAGUAAUGCCGAACAAGUUGUGUCAGGGAUGAAGGAGGCGCAGGAGAAGCUAACAGGCGAUGCCUUCAAGAGCACUCACGCGGGAGACGAGCUGUGA